UGAGAGGAGUUAGUCUAGAAAACCCACCAGGAUGAGUUUACCAACUAGAGAGCAAUGUGAGGGCUGGAGUCCAGCGCAGGUCGCCGCUUUUCUCAGUCAGCACAACAUGAAAGAAUGUGCAGAAGCUGUACAGAGAAACAGGAUUGACGGCUGUCGGUUUCUGAUGCUCUCGGACGGUGACCUCAACAAAUUCAGCCUCAUUCAUCGGCCGCAGCUCCAAAAAAUGGUUCAAGACAUAAAAAAGAAUGACGACAGCCUUUUCAACAGACUAAAAAGGUUUCAGACUGAACAAACAGCUAAUAUUCUCAAAACCGGGAGAAAUACACUGGACCGAAUAAAGAAGAAAAGACCUCCGAAAGUACCAGUACGAGACUAUCAAGGCGAAGCUCCAGAUUCUGAGAAGGACUCUGACUCAGAUUUUGACAGCGAUACGUACGAGGACCCUCAGGGCGAUCAUGACGACAACUACGAACCUCCGCCGAGGCUUCACGGUCACAUGAAGGCCUUUACGGUCAGCCCGUCCAUCACCAGCCCCAGAGGAGAGUAUGUGGACAGCUGUCGUGGUCGACCGGCGAAACCAAACCAUCCUUUCCAAAUGCAACAGAGACACAAACCCCCACGACCGACCCACCGCAGCCUGACAGAGGAAGAUGAUGGCGAUUACAUUGAGCCGGAGGACGAAACAGUUGAUGAUAAUUACAUUGAGCCCAUUGAGAAAACACCAUCAAAGCCGCAGGUUAACAGAGGAGUCAAACCGUGUGUUCCUGCUCGUGUCAACACUCCGGAUUUCUAUGAGGUUCCUGAUUUGAAGGAGAAUUCUCAGUCUAAGACAAGCAGGAGUAACUCGACUCUACAACCCAACACACAGAUGGCGCCACCUAAAGCCAGUCCACGAAUCAGAAGGCCAACAAUAACUCCACAGGAACCACAGUCAGAGGAUGAGUAUGAGGUGUGUGACGCAGACGACAGUGUUAAUGAAGGGCCAGAGGAGACCACAGAGGCCCGGAGAACAUCAAUACCCACGCCGCGACCUAGAGACAUGAAGAAACCAAAUCCUGCUUUGAUAGCGAAACCAAACAUUCCUCGCAGAGACAGUGAAGCCACAUCAAUUAAAACAACAGCAGUAACUUUACCACGAAGCCCACCAGACACCAUGCCGGCAACAGGGUUCCAUCGAGCUAAGAUGCCUCUGCCUCGGCAGCUUCCCUCUCAGAGCAGAGGGAUGUUGCCUUCAGACAGCAGAUCAGCUAGAGAUGCUGAAGAGGAAGCUGGUGUGUAUAAAAAGGUUUGGUAUGCCAGCAGCUGUGACCGCAAGACAGCAGAGGACGCUCUCAUACGCUCAGCUAAGGACAGCUCUUUUCUGCUCAGGAAGAGCUCUGGUGUGGACGCGCAGCAGCCGUAUACACUGGUGGUGUUUUACAACAGCCGAGUUUACAACAUCCCUGUCCGCUACAUCGCUUCCACCAAACAGUAUGCUUUGGGGAAAGAAAAACAAGGAGAGGAGCGUUUCAGCAGCGUCUCAGACAUCAUCGAGAACCACCAGAAGAAUCCUCUAGUGCUGGUCGACUCACAAAGCAACACCAAAGACUACACCAAACUCAGACACGCAGUCAAGCCAUGACAAAUAUAACUGCAUUGAGAGGGUGCUGGCAUUCAACUGUGUGGUAGUUUCACAUUUACCUUAAUAGAGGAUGGAAACUCUGGCACUUGCUGCUACUUUUAUAACUUAUUUAGCUGAAUGACAGGUUACGGGCCGAGACUCUGUAUUUUUAUUUUGAUGGUGACAAAAGUAUGUGUUGCGCAUUUAAAAAUACAGCAUAGGAGAAUGCGUUCUGUGCAAACCACCCCGAAAAACAGGGAGAAGAGCAAUGUUAUAUAAAGAUAUGCAAAUAUGGUACAGAGUUUAUACAUGUUUCUGGGUGUAUGAAUCGUUGUAUAAACACAUUUGUUUUAUAUUACAAGGUGUGUUGAGUAAAAAAAAAAAAACUUUUUUUUAAUUAAAGCGAUUGUUUUGUAUUAUGUUAUGUCAAAUUAUAAUAAUUUGCACUGUACAACCCUAAAUAUUUGCAUAAGGGGGAAUAUUUGUCACGUGGGUACUGUGUUUUAUAUUUAUAUUAUACAAACAUUUGUACACUAGAGGGGUCAUACACACGUACAGAUUUAUAUUAAAGAUAUUCAAUCAUUUACAAGC